GAAACGGAAUCCCGUUCGUCUGUUUUGACGUGCAUGAUCGAACUGAACUCUGAAGUCGAAGAGAGGGAAUUCACACCCUUCGAAGACUUGUGCGGAGACAAUUUUCUUGUGCGAAGUACAUGAUCAGCUCGUCAGAAGAACCUUUCUUAGGCGAGAGAAUUCAUUGCCGAACGGGAUGAUCAGUGCGCUAGGAGUUCUCGCUACUGCAUCACCCAGCAGAUAAUGAUAUAGCUGAUAAGCCAAGCUGCCCUAUUUGAAUAAUAGCAAUAAUUAUACCUAGUUCGUCCCAAAUCACUGAGCUGCAAACGCCGGCACGAUGAUGCCCAAACGAGAUAAGGGGUUUCUGCAAGUGGCGCAUCGCGUGGAGCUGGCGUCGAGCAGCGUAACACGCUUCAAGUCACUGCGCAGCGGCUCAUUCGUCAACUCUCGUUCACAGCUGACCGGCAGCAAAGUGAUGGCCGGAAAGCAAGCGGCUGCUCCACCACCGCCAAAGCCAAUCGUGGUCUUGGAUGCAGACGGGAAGGAUGUCACACCAAAGCCCCUGUUUGAGACAGAGAAGGCAGCUGCAAACAGAACAGCACUUGCUAGCGUGUUCUAUGGAGGCACCAAGGCAGACAGCUCUCAGCGGGGACACAGCGGCCAGGAAUCGGAAAUGGGCGGCAGCUUUCGGUCGUCGGUUGAUGCUGGAUUCACAGAGCCAUUCUCCAGGUCAACACUAGGUGGCUCGGUCCUAGCGCAAACUUCAAUCGGGUCCAGCAUCCAGCGGCAUAUGACCAGUCAGGGACCAGGAGGCUCAGCUGCUCAGAAACCCAUGCAGCCAGUGCUCUUCAAAGAGUCUGCAGAGCCGCAUGACCUGACAGCCGAAGAACUGGAGGAGAAUGUGCUAAUCACGCUGCAGGAAACGAACACAAUGGAUAUAUUCGAGCAGGCGCCGAGUGCUGUGGUGUGGGAGAAGCCCCUGGACAAGGACAGGAAGGACGAGGAUGAGAAGGAAGUGGAUGACCCCAAGGAGCUAGCAGAGCAGCAGGCGAAAAAUGAGAAGUACUUAGAGCUCUGCAAGAAUCGUGCUGGCAAUGACCGAUAUAUGCAGCGUGGCAUGCAGACCGUCAACUUUCAGCGUAAAGGAAAGGAUGUGCAGACAGUUCCCGUCCUUUUCCAGGAUGUUGGCGUGCUGGCAACGCCAUACGACAUGUACACGUCAGUCAACGAGUCGGAACCGGCAGAUGACCGUGAUAUCGAUGAUGACAACGACCUUGAGACAGCCAUCAGUGAGGAUUUGAGGAAGGCCGCGGCAAAAGGGAGGCCCGGUCCAGGCACCCUUGCCUCAGGAAGUAGCAUGGCAACCAGCAUGGCAGCUAGCAUGGCCAUGCAGCUGGAACCAACAUCGCUUUCCAUGCCGGGUGCCAAGCCACCUACCGCGGGCAAGGCUGCUGGCACUGCUGCCGCUGGCGGUCCUGAUGCACCUGCCGAUGAUGAUGCGAGUGGCGGCGAUGCACCACCACUGGUCAUGCCUGACGAUCAUCCUUUGUUUCAUAACGAGGACCUGUACGAAAGCAUAUCAGUCAUGGAAAGAGCCCUGGCUGGCAAUGUCUUCCAGGAGCAGCAUGCACGGUACUUUGGCAUGACGCCCGAGCUGGCCUAUGUCACAUUUGACCCAGUGGAGAGCAGUGUGGUAAAGGAAGGAGAGGAUGGUGGUGACGAAGAAGUCAAGGAACCAGAGGCAGAACAGAAGAAGAAGACAAGCGGUGCAGAUGAUGCUGCGUCCGACGUUCCCACUCUGCCACCGGUCAGUCGCUGGGAAGGCGGUGAAGAUCCCAGUGUGCGGCCCAUCUGGACGUACAGCUGUGUGGAAACCGAGGGACGCAACGUCAGCUGCCUGUCUUACAACAAACUCAACGAGGAUAUACUGGCUGUUGGUUAUGGCGAAUUCACAUUCGGAGAGCAGUCGACCGGUCUCAUUUGCUGCUGGACCCGUCAAAACCCUGUGCGUCCCAGUCGCAUGUACAAAGUACCGAAGGAUGUGAUGUCCCUUGACUUCUCCAAACUCCAUCCAAGUAUUCUUGCAUGCGGGCUGUAUGAUGGUACUAUUCAUGUGUACAACAUACGCGAGGACACGGUUGAACCAAUCUUCACGAGCAGUGAUCACACUACGAAACACACUGGUCCAGUGUGGCAAGUUUCGUUCGUCUCGCACUACAACAAGGACAGCAACGAGGCCGAGGAGGUGCUCGUUUCCGUGUCGUCCGAUGGGCAGGUCAGCCGCUGGGCCAUGAUGAAAAGCUUUGAGAGAUCAGAUUUGAUUUCGCUGAAGAAGACGUCCAAGAAGUUGCCGAAAGGCCCACACCAAACGCUGCACACGACCAUUGCUCACGCCAGCAAAAGGAGCGAGAAGGCUGGCCUACUGCACAAGAACGCCAUUGGCCUGUGUUUCGACUUUGAGCGGGCAAAAGAUCCCAAUAUUUAUAUUGUUGGCACUGGUGAUGGAUACUUGCACAAGUGUUCCUGCUCGUAUAACGAACAAUACCUGGAGACGUACGUAGGACAUACUGGUCCGGUCUACCGAGUUGUCUGGUCACCACACAACGAGAAUGUGUUCUUGACAUGUAGCGGUGACUGGAGUGUGCGACUCUGGGACUCGGAAAGCUGUCAGCCGUUCGAGAGUCUCUUUUCGUCAAUGAAAGCAGUACUGGACGUCGCCUGGCACCCGAUACGUCCCACCGUAUUUGCAACGGUCAGCAACGGCUGCAUUGAGAUCUGGGAUCUGGCUCGCAGCACGCUAGACCCCGUCGCUCAAUACAAGCCCGUGCCGGCCGUGGAUCUGACAUUUGUUCGCUUUUCACGAGACCAAGAGGCUAUAGUUGUGGGAGAUGGUGAUGGCAAGGUCACUGUGUACCGUACGCUGAAUCUUGCAGACGAAGAUGUGCAUGAGCAGCAUCAAAUUCUGGAAAAGCUACGGCAAGGUGGGUCCAGCAAUGGCUACGGGCCGUAGUCACCCUGCCCCACAUCGCAACAUGACUGAUUGAUGGUUACAGGCUAUAUGGUCAAUAGUUCCAUUGAGUACUGCAACAGAAUACCUACUGCUACACGCUACCUACUCGUGUCAAGCUCUCUUUUCUCUUUUCUGCUCUUUUGGUCACCAUUACCGGACUCUCUUCACGCAUCCACUUCCCAGGCCUGACCAAGGCGAAGGGUUCACCAUGAGUCAUACAAUGGACAGAAUGAGAUGACAACUACACACUAUGAUUCAGUUGAGCAUGUGCAUUUCUACAAGACUAGAGAAUAAUAUACAGUUUUGAAGUAAAAACAUUGUGCAAGACAUAGCAAAUUGCCGAAAUAUAAUUUUAGUCACAGAUUGUCAUCAAGUACAUGUAGAACAGAUAAUUUCAAACCCAGGUGAAGUCUUUCGUACGGAUAUUAUAUGAUAACGUUUUCUGGCCUUGAAGGCUGGAUCAAGCAA